AUGGCAUCAUUUUUGAAAGCAUCUCUAUUUAUUAAUGCACCCCUUUUGCUUUUCAUAAUAGUUGCGUUCAAAACUCCAAGUGUCGACCCCUGUGACAGCUACACCAGUGUGGAUGAACCCUGGAGAUCCAUUGAUAAUUACAACUAUUACUUCAGCAACCAAACCAUGUCUGAUUAUUAUGUCAACUGGAACGGCUGGUACAGACUUUUCAUCAAUGGUCAGAGUGCUCAGAUGUCAGAGACGUGUGUUACUCAGUGGAAUUGUGGCACUUAUUGCCCACUGUGGCUGAAAGAUCCUCACCCAAAGCUGGAAGAUGGAGUGGUCACACGAUUUGUCUGUAUGUCUGCAUGGGAUGACUGCUGUGGUAUAAAAUUUCAUCCCAUACAAGUCAAAGCCUGUCCAGGAAAUUACUACGUUUAUGAGUUUGUCAGACCAAUAGGCAUUUCUGCUUACUGUGCAGAAGUCACAGGCAUCACCACAGAGACUCCGCACAUAGAGUCAAUUACUACGCCCAUCACAAUCACUGAAACAUCAACGCUCAGCUCUGACCCGUGCUUUAACUAUAACACUAUUGAUGAAUAUUGGAGAGACAUACGGCUGAACCCACCCCAGGAUCGUGACCAUGAUGACACUACUGUUGAGUGGAACGGCUGGUAUCGACUGUAUUUAAAUGGGGAAAAUGCUCAGAUGUCUGAAUGGUGUGUGAGUUAUAUGGGAUGUGGUGGUGAAAUUGGACUGUAUCUCAACGGCUCUCAUCCACGACUUGAGGAUGGAGUGGUGACGCGUGAGGUCCUGGGAGCUGAAGUGUUGUACUCCAAGCGGUGUGGCAUCUCCACCGCCAACCCCAUCCAAGUCAAAGCUUGUCCAGGAGAUUAUUAUGUCUAUAAACUCGUCACCCCAGAUGUUUCAAUCUACAGACCUUCAUACUGUGCAGUUGCUUUCAGCAGCAUCAUCAAUGAUCCCUGUUACAACUAUGAGUCUCUGGAUCGUCCCUGGAGAGCAACAACUGAAAGUGGAUUAAACAUUUGUGAUGAAUCUUUCUCAUGGAAUGGCUGGUACAGACUUUAUCAUUAUGGGAUGAACAUCCAAAUGACAGAGAGUUGUGUUAAUGCAUUUAGCUGUAACACAGUCAUAAGUUUGUCACUCAGUGAUCCUCAUCCUCAGAUAGAAGAUGGGGUGGUGACCCGUGAGGUCUGUGGAGCAAAUUAUUGGAGUGGUGAUUGUUGUGAUUACAAGCUAGGUCCCAUCAGAGUAAAAGCCUGUCCAGGAAAUUACUAUGUCUAUGAGCUCAUAAAUCCACAAUACUGGUGUUCAGGAUACUGCACAGGUACAGAUUUUCUUCAAAGUCAAAUUAUUUAA